UAUUUGUCGAGCAGCAUCCGCAGCAGGAUGCUGAGGGGCUGCAGUUGAUGGAGUCUUCUCGUCCCUCCUGAUAGCCCUGACUGCAGCUUCCAGCUUCCAUUCACUCACAAAGGGAUAAAUUGGGCUCUGGGAGACACUAUUUGGGGGGCAGGAGGCUGCCAAAGGAGGAUCAUCCCCAUCCACACAAACUCCAGGGACUCCAUAGCCUGCUCAUCGCAUCCCGCGUGUCGGUGGAUUUUGCUCCUACGGAGCCGCCGUCGAGAUGGGAGACAACAUGUCAAAGCGUCUGAAGCUCAUUUCGGUGACAGAAGCAGAGAUGGAGGAACGCUCUUUUCCUAACCCGUACACUGACUGGGACCAAGGAGUUCUCACCUCCAAUUCUGGAGCAGAAGUGGAUUACAAUAACCCGUUUGACGAAGAAGGAAAGGUGAGCUCAGCAUUCCAAAGGAAGGUCCAGAGUAAGAUGAAAGAUCUGCUUCAGCAGAUGGAAGAGGGCCUGAAAACCGCCGACCCCCAUGACUUCUCGACUUACACUGGCUGGACAGGGAUUGCUUUACUGUACUUGCAGCUGUAUCGUGGCUCCAAUGAAGUUGCACACCUGCAAAGGGCAUUGGACUAUGUGAAGAGAUCAAUGAGGAUUCUGAAUGGCCGAAAAGUGACUUUCCUUUGUGGAGAUGCCGGGCCACUCGCUGUGGGUGCAGUGGUCCACCACAAGCUGGGCAACACAGCUGACAGCAACGACUGUCUUUCUAGGCUCCUCCAGCUGCAGCGAUCAGUGCUCAGUCCAGAUUCUGAGAUGCCGGACGAGCUGCUGUAUGGACGAGCUGGUUACCUUUACGCUCUGCUGUAUGUUAACAAAGAAAUAGGAGGUGACACUGUGGAUGAAGCCACAGUUACAAAAGUAGUGACCGCCAUUAUUAAUUCUGGGAAGAAUCUGUCAGCAGAGCAUAAGAAGACGGAACGCUGCCCUCUGCUCUAUGAAUGGCACAAGAAGCAGUACGUUGGUGCCGCCCAUGGCCUGGCUGGAAUCUUUUACAUGCUCAUGCAGCCAGGGGCAAGGGUGCAUCCAGACGUGCUGUCCGAGUUGGUUCGGCCCAGUAUCGACUAUAUUCGCCACAAGAAAUUUCGUUCUGGUAACUUCCCAUCGUCGCUGAGCAAUGAAAGCGACCGACUGGUUCAUUGGUGCCACGGCGCACCUGGCGUCAUCCACAUGCUCAUAAUGGCUUAUAAGGUGUUUAAAGAGGAGAAGUACCUGAAGGAAGCGGUCGAAUGUGGCGAGGUGAUCUGGCAGAGGGGUCUUCUCCGAAAAGGUUAUGGCAUCUGCCAUGGUACCGCCGGCAACGGCUAUGCCUUCCUCUCCCUGUACAAGCUCACCCAGGAGAAGAAGUACCUGUACCGUGCCUGCGAGUUUGCCGAAUGGUGUUUGGACUAUGGGACCCACGGAUGUCGUAUCCCCGAUAGACCCAACUCGCUCUUUGAAGGUAUGGCUGGGACCAUCCACUACCUGUCAGAAAUGGCCGCACCCGAAGCUUCCUGUUUCCCUGCCUUUGAACAUUGAUCUGCUGGAGCGAAGAAGGGCAUCACGUUUUGAGCAGAUAUCAUCUUAUUUGCUUCCUGUAAUUUCAAAACCCCAAAGUGUUAGGAGCGUAUUUUGGGACCAAACUACAUGCAUGAAAUGCUGUUGGAAGGAUUUGGCCACACUAGUAGGACAAUUCAGCGCACUGGUAGAACAACUGUCUUACGAGUAAUGUUUUUCCCACUACUAUUUCAACUAUGAAACCGUACUAGUAAACUACUGUGCUGCACUAGUUACACUACUUGGUCCAACUAGUAGGCACCCACUAGUAGCCGACAAGUAGCACCACAAUGCCUACGGUUGUCCUACUAGUAUACAGAAAUGUCAUAUCUUAGUAUAAGGCGGUAGUGGAAAGAACAUGGUAAGAUGUAGUCAUUCUACUAGUACACCUUAGUUGUUCUACUAGUGUGCAAAAUUAUCUUACUAGUGAGGACAAAGAGUAUACUAGUACAUGGGCCUGAAGCUGAAUAUCAAAGUUAUGGAAUGAAUGCUGAAAUGGCUUUCCAUAGACAUCACUGUCACACAUGCUUUCAAAAAAAUACGGCCAAGAAACACAACACAUGUACUGUAUGUGUGAUGUAUAGUAUUUGUAUUCACCUGCAUGCUCAAGUGGUUCUUCCAUGUCCUGUCAAUGUGAAAAUGUUUGUGUGUGUGUGUGUGUGUGUGUGUCAAAAUGGAGUAAGAAGCAAAACACAUUAAUAACAUGUUUGAAGAUAACCCAAAAAUUAAAUAAUUAAUUGCCGAAUUGGUAGCAAAAACAUUGCAUUGACAGACUGGUAUAUUCAUGAUUUAUCCAAAUUCCAAAGCAGUGUUUCUCAAACUUUUUACACCAAGUACCAACUCCAAAAAAUAUUUGGCUCUGCAAGUAGACCAUAAUGUCCAUGAUACAAUUAAAAUGUACUGAACAAAAGUUACCUAAAUAAAUGCACUAUAUGUACUGCUGCUAACACAAUAGUCAUUGUGGCCGACAGCAUAUGAAUGCCUAAUUCUUUUACUUUCCUGAAUGUCCCUUGUCCCUCAGUUUUUAUCCGAAAUGUCUUUGUGUCCUAUUUGUCCAGCCAAAGUGUGUUAUGAUUUGAUUAUAUUGUAUAAAUUGUGGGGAAAAGUA